AUGGAGCUUGAAAGAAUCAUUCGAGACACGCUGACACGCUUCAUCCAGUCCCACAUCCCUGCAGCAGACCUCAGUGGGAUGGAUGAUGUUUUCUUCUCUUACAUCACGGGUGUCCUGGAAGAGCUGGGCUCACCAGAGUCCUCCGAGGAGACUUUUGACAUGGACACCUUUGUGGAAAUGAUGGAGGCGUAUAUCCCUGGUUUUGCAGAAAUCCACAGUGGGGAUGUUUGUGAAAUGAUGUUCUCCCUCUCUGAAAGGCUUGGUGAAGCUCGCAACAAAGAAAAACCUGGCCAAAAGGCUGUGGAAAGCAGGAGUGAAGCACCCUCUGAAGAUCUGACCAAGGGCCGGGAGCCUGGAGCUGGAGCCUGCAACGGGGAAAGGCUGUGCACUCCGACAGACAGAGCCAGGGCCCAGGAAGGCGACGACUUGAAGGACGGGGUGGAGCUGCUGCUGGAGAUGUUCCCAGCCUGUACCAUGAGCCAGGCAGAGAAGGCGCUCGCCAUGGCCUUGGGGAACUUGGAGGAGGCCGUGCAGUUGAUUGUGGAGGAGAAGGUGGAGAUUGGCCCAGCAGGUGCGAGUGUGAAGGAGCUGGCACGGCCCCGCAGAGCACCCAACCACGAGGAACUGAAACAGGUUAUCCUACAGAAGUACAUGAUGGUGGAUAGUGCAGACGAUCAGAAAACACAUCGGCCGGCCCCACCCAAAGAGGCUCCCAAGAAGCUGAUCCGCUACAUCGAUAACCAGGUGGUGAGUACAAAGGGAGAGAGGUACAAAGACAUCAAGAAGCCCGAGAGCAAGGAGAUGAAGAGAACCUACAUCAGCUUCAAACCAGCCAGGAAGUACAAGUUCCACUGACAGCCAGGUCCUGCUCCUCCAGCCAGGCACGGCAGGAUGGACGCACGGCACGAGGGAUGAGGGGACUCCUCUGCCUGCCGCUAACUGGGACUAACCUGGGAGCCGGCACACUGCUUUCAGCUUCCUCAACUAACCCAGGUGACAAGGAGGAGCCGUCCCUCCUUGCACAGCUGUCCCUCUGCGCCCAGGAGCACGCCGCAGCAGCUCUCCUCCGGGGCCUGGGCAUUCUCUGCUAUUCCUUGCAUGGGACUUUUUUAGAUCUAAGAUGUGGCUUGUGCUUUUACAGCAAGCUUUUUACAAGUCUGUGUGCACUGUUGCUUUAAACUAAGUGCCAGUGUUAAUAAAGAUGAUGUGAGUUGAUGUGUAGUUCA